AUGGAGGAGAGGAAGUGAUUCAGACACUGAGUUGAACUUAGAACUUUCUACAAAUGAAGAUACCAGUGGUAAAUCGGAUGAAGAGCAGUGCAGCCCUCCCAGAAAAAAAACGUUUGGAAGCAAAGAACAACACAACUGCACCAAGUGUGAAAGCAAAAGAUGGGACAGUUUGGGAGACUGUAGGUGCUGGACACCUUCAGCAGGAAGAAUUCAGCGCAGAUGCUAUGUUCCAAGAGAGGCCAGGACCUACAGAGCAUGCCAAGCGUAGGAUAACAAGCAGACUCCAGAGCUUUCUGUGUUUGUUCAACAUGGAGAUGCUUCUGAUCAUCAUAGACUGCACCAACCAUGAAGCCCGCAGAACAUUCGACAGCUGGAGCCUUUCUGUCAGUGAGCUGAUGGCCUUCGUAGCAAUUCUUUUUCUACGAGCAACUCUCUGCCCAAUCGGUGCAAUGAUUGAGUCUUGGUCCGAAAAAUAUGCUGUGCCUGCAAUCAAAGAGACGAUGUCCCGUGACCGCUACAAAGAAAUCAUGCGAUACUUGAGGUUUGACAACAAGGACACUCGUGCUGAACGUGUGAAGACUGACAGAUUUGCUGCAGUUUCUGACAUCUGGCAACGUCUCGUACGUAACUGCCAUCAGUGCUACAUACCAGGACAACACAUUACUGUUGAUGAGCAGCUGUUUCCCACUAAGGUCCGCUGUCCUUUUACGCAGUACAUUUCAAGUAAGCCAGAUAAAUUUGGCAUAAAGUUUUGGAUUGCUGCAGACUUGGAGACAAAGUAUAUGUGCAAUGCCAUUCCAUAUUUAGGAAAGGACCCUAGUCGUCCCAAAGGAGAAAGACUGUCUGAGAAUGUUGUCAUAAAACUCAUGGAACCAUUUCUGGGCAAGGGAAGAACUGUCACUAUGGACAACUUCUUCACAUCAAUGUCACUGGCUAAUAGGCUGCUGAACCACAACACAACUCUGCUUGGCACUAUCAACAAAAUUAGACGAGAGAUUCCCCCUCCAGCAAAACAUAACAAGGGCCGGGUAGUAGCAGAUUGUGAUCUGCUACUACCACUGAGUGUUGUACUCCAAACACAAUUUCAUUGCCUUUGACAAUGACAAUAAACUCUUGAAUCCUA